UAACCGCAAACUCUUCCGUGGCUCCUCUGAAAAUAAUCUCCCCCCUUUUUUCUGUCUCCGUUUACCUCAAUUGAGUUUCCAGCCCUUUUGUUCGCUCUUCUUAUCACUUGGAAAAAGGUGAACCCUCGUGUUAUUUUUAUUUUAAUCUUUGCUUUAAUUGUAGUUUUUACCCUUGUGGUCCCUGAUGGCUUCGCACAGUGAUACUCUGGUGGUGUUCUUUGGGGCAACAGCUGGUGCAAAUGGGGGUAAACUGGGUUCGGAUGAGAGGGAAAUAAUUCUCUUGGUGUGGCAAAUUGUGGAUCUACAUGAGAAAAAGGUUGGGAAGCUUCAGAGAUGUCUUGUCAAGCCAGACACUUUGGAGCUGACAGACCAGUGUAAAGAGGAGACCGGACUGACUCUGGAGGACAUCGUCAAAGCUGAACCCUUGGACAAAGUUCUUCAACAGUUUCAGCAGUCAGUGUCAUCAGAACUGAAAUGCCUCGGUAGAAGCUCUUACACACUUUGUGUCAACAGUCCCCUUGUCAUCCGACAGGCCCUCCACCCCGAAGCAUCCAAAAAGAAUCUUGUCCUUCCUGAAUGUUUCUUUUCAUUUGUGGACGUGAGGAAGGAGUUUCAGAAAUGCUGCCCCAACGCCGGCCCUGUGCAGAAGCUCGAACUCGCCUCCAUGUUGGAAUAUGUUGGUCUUCCUGCUGUGUCAGAGCAGCUAACCGGAGUGAAGGAGGUGAGGAGCAUGGUGCAGUUGAUACUUCGCAUGCUGGCUGAGCCCUACAAUCACGAGUUCUCCUGUGUUGAAACAGUGAAGUACAAGUUUGACUCCGGCACAUGCAGUAAGACGGAGCCAGUGGACAGUGAGACAGUGAUCAGAGCACGGGGGCUCCCAUGGCAGUCCUCAGACCAGGACAUUGCUCGCUUCUUUAAAGGCCUCAGUAUUGCCAAGGGAGGAGUGGCUCUGUGUCUUAACGCCCAGGGCAGGAGGAAUGGUGAGGCCUUAGUCCGUUUCAUCAACUCAGAGCACAGGGACCUGGCUCUGGAGCGCCACAAGCACCACAUGGGCAACCGCUACAUCGAGGUCUACAAGGCCACAGGAGAGGAAUUCCUCAAGAUCGCUGGAGGUACGUCUAACGAGGUGGCCCAGUUCCUGUCCAAAGAGAACCAGGUGAUUAUUCGUAUGCGAGGGUUGCCAUUCACCGCCACACCCCAGGAAGUGCUGUCAUUCCUUGGGCCUGAGAGCCCAGUUACAGAUGGUGCAGAGGGUCUGCUGUUUGUCAAAUACCCUGACGGACGGCCCACUGGCGACGCUUUCGUACUUUUCUCUUGUGAGGAGUAUGCCCAGAAUGCCUUGAAGAAGCACAAGCAGAUUCUUGGGAAGCGGUACAUUGAGCUGUUCCGGAGUACUGCGGCUGAGGUUCAACAGGUCCUGAACCGCUAUAUGUCCACGCCUCUGAUCUCUACGCUGCCUUCUUCACCCAUCGUGCCUGUGCCGGUCCUCGCCACGCCUCCCUUCCUCCCAGCGGCCAGCAGCACUCGCGACUGUGUCCGCCUUCGUGGCCUGCCCUACACUGCUGGCAUUGAAGAUAUCUUGGAGUUUAUGGGAGAGCACACCGUUGACAUCAAACCCCAUGGAGUCCACAUGGUCCUCAACCAACAGGGUCGGCCCUCUGGUGAUGCUUUCAUUCAAAUGAAGUCUUCUGACAAGGCAUUUAUGGUGGCCCAGAAGUGUCAUAAAAAGACCAUGAAGGAUCGUUAUGUGGAGGUGUUCCAGUGCUCCACAGAGGAGAUGAGCAUUGUGCUGAUGGGAGGAACCCUGAACCGCAGCGGCCUCUCCCCUCCACCCUGCAAGCUUCCCUGUCUGUCUCCCCCAACAGCCUAUGCUGCCUUCCCCACCCCACCUGCUAUUCUCUCUGAGGCUGCUCUCUACCAGCCCCCCCUGCUGGCUGCUCCCAGACCUCCUCAGACCGCCGCACACAGCCCUGCUCACACUCUGGCGUACUACCCCCCUCACCCACACCUGUACAUGAACAUGAACAUGAACUACACAGCAUACUAUCCCAGCCCCCCAGUUUCUCCUUCCACAGUUAGCUAUUUUGCAGCCCCGCCUGGAGCAGUGGCAGCAGCAGUGGCAGCCCAACCCCACCCUGCAGCAGCCGCUGCCUCUCCUGUGCUGCCUCAACCUGGCGCCCUGGUCAGGAUGCAGGGCCUGCCGUACAACACUGGAGUCAAGGACAUUCUCAGCUUCUUCCAGGGAUACCAGCUCCAGCCAGACGCCGUUCUCAUCUUAUACAACUUCAGUGGGCAGUGCAGCGGCGAGGCCUUGAUCACCUUCCCUAGUGAGGAGGUUGCCAGGCGGGCUGUAGCCGAGCGCUCCAACCACCCCUUCUACGGCCAGGAGGUCCACCUGGUGUUCUGUAACUGACCACAAGCCCUUCGCCUCCCACAAUUUAACCUACCGUUGAAGAGCACCCACCUCCCAAACACAUCUCUUCAGCAACAGCUUCUCCAUGAAACAAGUUCCAGUUGAUCCAAGUGCCAAGAGCUACUGAGCCGCUCGCUUUUCCACCUGCCAUUUAUUUUAUACACAACUGACACUGCUGGCCCUGACACUCCUGAAGCCGCUGCUGGAGUUCAGACAUCCACUGGUGAAGCAGCUGAAGUCAGUAAAGCUUCACGUGGGUGUCACGCACAGCAUUUCUCUCUAUUUGCACCUACUGUAAUACCUAGUUGUGAAGACGAGAUGGUGUGGAGCCUGGACACGCCUGCAUCAGUGGCUCUGCAAAGCCAAAUAUACGUGUAUAUUUAAGCGCUCUCUAUAUAUGUGUUUCCCUGAUAAAUCUGUACAGAUGUUCAUCCUGAAAUGCUUGAGGCUGUACAAACCACUUAUGCAUACUGUCUUUUGUGUAUAUUUCUAACUUUUCACUCUUAACAACUACAAGAUUUAGAUUUUCAGACUUUUUGAUCCUUCUCUGUUCAGCUCUGUGCAAGCAGACGCGUGCAGGUGCCUGCACAAUGUUUAUCGAUAGGGCGGCCCUCAGAGGUGUCAGGGUGCCAUUAAAGAGAGAGACAAAGCCAUAGAGACUGACUGACACUACUGAAACAACGGACGUAAUGUCAAACUGUACUUAGUUGUCCAUGGAAUAAUUUGAACAGCAACACCUCAGAUGUGCCAACAUCCCAACUAAUUUAUAGCUUGAGGUUUUUUGUUUUUUUUUUCAAUUAAAAGCAUUUUUGUAUGACAUACAGAAUGUCAUCCAAGUAAGACCUUUUUCAAGCACUACAGAUUAAUUUGCUCCAAUUUAAAGAGUUAAGUGACAGAGAGUCUUUAGCAGUAGAAGGACAAAUUGAUUCUAUUUUUAUUAAUCCCAUUUCCUGACGAAUGUGGUGAUUUUGUUAUUAAAUGUAAAAGGGCAGAGGUCCAUCCUGGAGGCUUUUAUGAAUUGACCUCAGCUAGUAGAUCUCUUCAGUUUUGGUUUCCAGACUAUUAAUAGUGAUCAGUCUGUAGCAUGCUUUAAUGACCGGAGUACUGUGUAAAGCUGCACGAGUCCUCUCUGUGACAGGCCUGCUGAGAGCUGUCUUAGUUUUUUCCUCUUUAAUGUGCCUACAUUACCCAGAGUGCAAUACUGGUCCUUACAAGGCUAGGUCAACCUCUGGUGGCAGAGGAGACUGUUUGUUGUUUCUUUUGUUGCGAGUUUGAGACUUGUAUGAAUUUAGAGCUGUGUAUAAGACUAAACAAUAAAAAAAAAUGUUGACAAUGA